AUGCAUCUGAUUCUGAUAAGUCUAGCAUUGGUUCCUUUGGUGUACGGACUGAGUGCCUACCGCAACAAAGACGAAGAUCAAUCCCUGGACGAAGUGUUCCAGUCGAUCGCCGAACAAACGAGUGACCAUCUCGAUCUCAACGAGUUCGUGCGCAGUCGACGUGCCCCCCAGGAGUCGGGAGCUGGAGCUAAAGCGACCACACCCGGCAAAGAAUGUCGCACCCGAGCCGGAGAGAAAGGGCGCUGUACGCGCUACCAAAACUGCAAGGGCCCCGAGCUGCGGGAUAACGUCUGGUCGAUUCUGCAGCACCUGUGCGUGAUCGAAGGUAUCAGUGUCGGUAUCUGCUGUCCAGACGUGGUGCAGGAGGGAAAUGGACCAGAGUUUUCCGUGCGACUGCCGGCCACGGCCGAUUCGUACGACGAGGUUGAUGGGCUGGAUGGUGAUAAUGCGCCGAUGGGCCGCGAUGCCAACAGUCGCCCGGAGGAGCGUGGUUGCGGCAUAUCCACCAAGCAGCUGUCGAAGAUAUCGGGCGGACAGCUGGCCGACUCCAACGAGUGGCCCUGGAUGGUGGCCCUCGUGAUGGCGCGCUCUUCCUUCUGCGGUGGCGUUCUGAUCACCGAUCGUCACGUGCUGACCGCGGCGCACUGCGUGGUAAACCUGAAGCUGGCGAACUUCGUCGUGAGACUCGGCGAGUACGACUUCAAGGAGUACAACGAGACACGCUACCGAGACUUCCGUGUGACCGAGAUUCGCAUUCACUCGGAGUUCGAUCAGAUUAGCUACGAGAACGACGUGGCCCUGCUGAAGCUUAUUCAGCCCUCGUUCUUCAACUCGUACAUCUGGCCUAUCUGCAUGCCGCCGCUCGAUGACAGUUGGACCGGUUACCAGGCCGUCGUGAUCGGUUGGGGCACCCAGUUCUUUGGCGGACCACACUCGCCCAUCCUGAUGGAGGUGAAAAUACCGAUCUGGUCCAACCAGGAUUGCCAGGAGGUGUACAUCAACCGGAUCUACAACACUACCUUGUGUGCGGGCGAGUACGAGGGUGGCAAGGACUCGUGCCAAGGUGACAGCGGCGGCCCGCUCAUGAUCCAGCUGCCCAAUCGGCGCUGGGCCGUGGUCGGCAUCGUCUCGUGGGGCAUUCGCUGUGGCGAACCCAACCACCCCGGUAUCUACACCCGUGUCAGCUCUUACAUUCGGUGGAUCGUCGAAAAUGCCGUGUUUUGAAAGACAUAUUCCAUUCCAGCGAUGCAAAUUUACUCACAGAAAUCUAUCGCUCGAAGACCGGUAUC